CUGCCUCCUGCAGUGGUUAGUCGAAUGGAGUGGUAUUUGGACGACUCGUUCUACGACGAGGUUCUGUUACCCCAAAGCGACCUCUGUGAGAGCCAGCGAGGUGAUAUCCAAGUUGCUUACUUAUCUGAGAGGGGGGAACUAACGAUAUCAGACAAACUAUGCAAUCGCGUUGGCGUCUCUUCAGAUGCUAUGAUGCAAAUAGCUUUUCUCCAUAGGAAUCCAACUUAG